GAACAUAGGAUGGAAGCACAAUGUAAAGAAAACUGCAGAUGGAGAGUGUAUACUUCAAAAGUUCUAAAUGAGAGGACAUUCAUGGUUAGGAUUGUUAGACCUAACCAUAACUGUGCUAGAGUGCAAAGAAAUAAUAUGGCAACUACAAAGUGGCUGGCUGAUGAGUUUUUAAAUGAAUUUAGAAAGAAACCAAAUUAUUCUGUAGCUGAAAUGAAAUUUGAUUUGAUGACAAAAUAUGCACUAAAGGUCUCAAAAUGUUCAUGUUAUAGGGCAAAAAAGCUGGCUUUAGUGAAGCUUAGAGGAUCAAUAGAGGCUCAUUAUGCCAAGUUGAGAUCCUAUGUGCAUGAAUUGAAGAGAGUUGAUAGAGAAGGAUGUUUUGACCUAGAAUGCAAUAUGGAAAGGGAUAAUUCUGUUUUUCAAGGAUUAUACAUAUGUUUUAAUGGAUUAAGGAAGAGUUUUAUGGAAGGUUGUAGACCUGUCAUAUCCCUAGAUGAUGCAUUUCUGAAGAAUAUACUUGGAGGUGCAAUUUUAAGUGCAAUUGGUCCUGAUGGUAACAACCAAAUGUACCCCAUUGCUUAGGCGGUGGUGUUGGCUGAGAAUGAAAACACUUGGAGAUGGUUUCUAAGCAGAUUUUUCAAUGACUUGUCCAUUGACACAACAUAGGAUGGACCUUCAUAAGUGACCAACAAAAGGUUUGUUUAUUGCUUAUUUUUUCUUAUACUUGAAUCAGUUAAUACUUAUAUGCAAUUUGUUUUGUUGAUGCUUAUAGGGCCUUAUUAAAGUAUUACAAGAGUAUGUCCCAUAUGCUGAAAUAAGAAAUUGUUCAAGACACAUUUAUGCAAAUUGGAAGAAAUUGCAUAAUGAAAUUGAACUGAAACAACUAUUUUGGAAAAUUAUAUACAGUACAUAUAAAGCACAAUUUCUGGCUAACUUGAAGGAACUUAGAGAAGUUGAUCCUGAGGCAGAAAAUGGAUUUGUUUCCAGGGAUCCAAAACUCUUCUGUAAAGCAUACAUAUCCACUCUCCCUAAGUGUGAUAAUGUUGACAACAACAUUGCUGAGACUUUUAAUGGAUGAAUAUGCAAAGUAAGGUUGCUCCAUAUUAUUGACAUGUUGGAAGAGAUUAGGGGUGCUUUGAUGGAAAUGAUUAAAAUGAAGUAUGACAUGGUGAAAAACAGUAUGGAUGAAUUGUGCCCAAGGAUUAGAAAGAAGAUUGAGAAGUUAAAGUGGGAAACCAGAUUCUGUAUACCAAAGGCAGCUUUGAAUGACAAAUUUCAGGUUAAAAUGUUUGAUGAUCAGUUUAUGGUGUCUCUACCAGACAGGAGUUGCACAUGUAGAGCUUGGCAACUGACUGGAAUUCCUUGUAUUCAUGCAAUUUUCAGUAUUCAUUGGUUGAGGCAGAAUGUGGAUGACUAUGUUGAUGAAUGCUACAAGAAGGACAUGUACUUACAAGCCUAUCAGUAUGCCUUUGAACCAUUAAAUGGCCAGAAGAUGUGGCAUGAGAUCACUGAGGCACCAGUGCAUCCACCACCAUUCAAAAAGAUGCCAGGAAGAUCUAAGGUGAACAGAAAGAAAGCUGUUGAUGAAAAAAAAAGGGAUCUAAACAAAUUAAGUAGAAAUGGAAUAAGGAUGCAAUGUAGAAUUUGCUAUGCAUAUGGACAUAAUAAAAGAGAAUGCCCAAGAAAGGAUAAUCCACCUGCAUCUAAAGAUAUUCUGGACGAUCAGAGAAGUAGAAGGAGAAGUAGAUGCCCACCAGCUCCUACAAGUGAUGUUACCAAUAUUGAUGUACCACAUCAGACUACAAUUGAAAAUGUAAAAACUGGUUCUUCACAAUCCAAACCACCAUAUGAUAAGAGAAUAAUUGCCAAAGAAAGAAUUCAGGCUAGAAAAGAAUAUGGUCUGCACAUAUCCACAGAGACUGGUAAUAUGUAUUUAAGAAUGCCAGGGGAAAGGAAUGUAAGGACUGUUAGUGGUUAUACAAAAACAGUAAUAGCAACAAGGCAAUCCAGAAAGAGGUUUGACACCCAAAGAUCAACUACAGCUACAAAGAAACAAAGAUCAACUACAACUACUCAUAUACAAAGUGUGAAAGUUUGUAGCCAAACUUCAACAGCUACAAAGGCAAAAGAGAAAGUGGUAGCUAGUUCCAAAGGCAAAGAGAAGGUGGUAGCUAGUUCGAAAGACAAACAAAAGUUGGUACCUACAAAGACAAAGACUAGUAAGCAUGCAGAUUUGGUGAUUCAAGAAGGGCAACAUGUUUUGCCAAAGCCAAUGUAGAAGUUUAAGAAGUUGCCUUAAAGAAGUUGCAGUACUGUAUUUUUGUUAGAGCUUAUAAAGUUGCAUAGAACAAAACUGUCAUUUGGACCAUAUCAAUUAGUUUGCCUUCAUAUAUAUUAUUUUAUGUGUUUGUCUUUUCCAAGACAUAUGUUUAAUGUACCUCGUGAUUUUUGUAAGGAUUCUAUAUUAUAGUAAUGUUAAAAGGCUGUUUAAUG